AUUAACAGAUUAACACAUACUACUGGUAGGAGAUGGAGCCCGUCCUUCUAGCUGCUGAGGGUUGAUAUUUAUUCAGAUUAUCACCGACAGUUAAAAACUAAGAUCUAUGUUAAAACCACAAUUAGAGACUGCUUAAUACAUUUUUAGGACCAAACUCAGCCUGUACAAAAUUUGAUGUCACACCAUGGAGAACUGAAUCCACCUCUAGUACCAAAAAUGGCAGACAAGAAUUUUCAAAAUCACUUAGUUUCCAUGUUUUUGGGACUCUCUGUACGUAAACCCCUUUACUUACUUUACUAUAUGUGCAGACGUCAGUUUCAAAUAAAGAUUUUAAAAGGAUGAUUGUAAACCCAGCAACAUUACACACCAAAAAGUUUGUAUUGGUAACUGGAAAAUAGCAAAAUUGUAACCAAGGAAACACCGACUCUACGGGUGCAGUGGAGGCUUUACAAACAACAAUUAUAGGUUUUUAAAGUAAAAGUUUGCUAACACCUUACCAUGAACAGUGAACACCCUUUGUUCAAAUAAAUUAAAAACUAAGAGCACAAGUUUAGAUUAGUUGUAGUAAAAGAAGAACCUUUGAGUUGAAUACAACAAUUCACUCGAUUUUAAAAAUGAAAGAACAAAAGAUUAUUGACUUAUCGAAAAAAUCAGUUUCUGCCAAAAUCUUAAGCUUUCUGGUUCGAGUGUAUGUAAUACCUUUAAAAACAAACUCAAAAGGGGAAAAAGAAUUCAAAGUAUUUUCAUGCAGCCUCUUUGUAAGCAUGAUAAUUUGGUGCAUAAUACCAAUUACUAGCAAACUAUUAGAUAUGUCAAUAGUGGAUCAAUGGUCGAUGAUUUCUCAAACCAACGGGUUCCGCGACCAGGCCAGUUUUGGUUUGGAUUUGUCCGGUCAAGUAUUGGAUCUUGCCUUCUAUUUCAGUAGUCCACUAUGUUUGGGAUACCUAUCUUGGAAAUGUCAACUCAUAACAGAAAGCAAACUUAAGAUGCCAUCUAGGAUGUUUGAAAUAACAAUGCACUUCAUUCUGAAUACAGCAUACAUGAUAAUGUACUACAGUAGAUUGGGAAACUCCUGGUAUAUCGUUGCUAUACAGGUUUACAGAUAUUUGGUGUGGAUAAUUCAAAGCAGUUCGACUCUCUUUCUGGCUAACAUAUUCACAACUUUAUUCACCUCCAAGUGUCAGAACCUUAAACACAUCGGCAACUCUACUCAGUUUCUGGUGGAAUACAAGAUAAUUAUAAAUGCCUAUCAAGGGUUUAAAACAGGAAUAGGACCGAUCAUUCUAUUCCAUUACAUUUACAGCUCUCUUUACUUGAUGCAAUUUGCGUUUGGCCAUAUUUCUGAUGGAACUUCAAUGAUGUUGUAUGUCUUAAUGAUGGCUUACACAUUAGUUUUAUUGUGGAACCUUUCCUCGUGCUGCCAACAAUGCUAUGAAGAUCUACAGAAAACUAUAGAAACACUGAGCGCAGUGGCUGAGAAUACAAGUGAUGAUGAUCUUGAAAGAAAAAUAAGAUGGGCCUGGAUGUCUACCGGAGCUGUAACUGAAUGUUCUGCUAUGGGAUUGUUUACUGUAAGAAAAUCAACCCUAAUCACUGCCCUGAGCACUAUUCUGGGUUAUAUCAUCAUCCUACUACAAUUUGAUCAGAACGAUUAAAACUAAAAUCAAAUCAAAUUAAAUUCUUGAAAAAUUCAGUGUUAAUGGCAUUUGAAAAAAAAAUUGUGAU